GUCUUGACAAGUCAAAGAUGCUCCCUGUCCGCAUUAAGGAGGGACAGCUUCUUUGAGCCCUGCCCUAUCCUACUCGACCUGACCUUCUUCACUUUGAAAACUGCAUUGCAUCUUGAAAUCCUUCAGAAAAAUGAAAUGAUAACCUGUACAAUACAAUACAUAUGAUUCUCCUUGAACCUCUUUUGUCUCCAGCAGCCUUCGAUCGUUAUCUCACCUAGAUACCGCCGCCCUGCCCCUCCGCACCCCUCUCUCUCUAUCCUCCUCUUCUCCGUCGGGAUCUUGACCUCCUGAACGGCGGGUCGCUUGGAUAUUAUUUCUGUACUACACCGACUCUGUCCAGCUGGGCUUAGAUUGGGAAUACGAAUAGCUUUUCCUCUCCUCUCUUACCGGCCAACCUACAACUGAGAGAAUUCCGAUUACUCUCCGCCUCCUACACUUCCAUCAUUUCGCUCAGGUCGGGGCAUCAUCGAGUCAACAAGUCGCUGCAGUUCUAGGUUAGAGUCUAGUUAUCCAGCUCUCCCCUAGACGCCUCAUCUGAGACCCCACACGCCUAGAGAAACAGCCAGGCCAUAUUCUCUCUCAAGACCGCUCAUCUCACGCCUACUUGGUCCAUCACAAGACCAGAACGGAUAGGCUCCUGAAUAUCAUCUCUCCCCCCUGAGCCUCACCGACAGCCGGCCCAUCACCCUCUCUCGGAUCUCCACAUCAGACCAACAUCAAGAGCAACUUUCCGCCGGUCUUUAUUUAAACACGAGCACGGGUUCAGGGACGGAUGCACGCGUUCCUACACCAACUCCUUUAGCUCGUCUUGCCUCGGUCGCUAGCCACCUGGUAGCCACCUAGCGAAACGAAGCGGAGCGGAUCCAUACCAAAGACAAGUUCCAUUUCGCGCGCGUGCUCUGGUUUGUCCAGACAAAGCAAACAGAACAUCAACUUCGAACUGCAUCCAUUCCUCCUCCUGCACGAAACAUCCUCAAAACCCAAAAGCAAUCAGUUCGACCUAUCUUCUUGCGAUCGGGCCAGCAGAGUUUAUCUUCGCACAUACCCUCUCAUCGACAUCUUUCCGCCAAACAUUACGACGACUAUCCCUCCCGGGUUGAGCCAGUCGCCACAAUGUCGCUCGCCCAACCAGGCCAAGCAGAAUCGCGCAUGUCCCCAGGACUACAGCUCAAUCUGUCUUCGAACAACCCCUUUCGCAAUCGAGCAGCAUCUCCUGCUCUUUCGAACGGCCAACGUUCCCCUCUCGACGCUCCUCCACGACCGGUUUCGCGAAAUCCAUUCCUAGAUACUUCCUCCGAACAAUUACAGCCAAAUACCUAUUCGCAGAGACCCAUCGGAUCCCCUGGGAAGAUGCCUUUCGCAACAGAUUCUCAGCCAAGACCCGCAUUGACUGGCAAUGCUGCCGACCUAUUCGACAACCUCACUCUUGACGACAAGCCAGCUGCCAGUAACACUAUGCGACCGGCCCCGACGCGACCAAACGGUGAAAAGAUGCCUUCCCCUUCCUCUUCUCGCACAGAGAAUGUUCCCCCGCGAGGUACUCCAAGAGGACCACCUGGUCAUCGCCCAUCACGGUCUCAGGAGGAAGCAAUGCGUGCUCGAAGACUUGCUGGAGGAUCGUCUAUUAGCAAGCCAGCACCGUCACAACAAGAAUUAGACAUCUUUGCCGACCCAGUCGACUCCUCUACAGCCCGGAGACUUGACGGCAACAGAAGAGUACGAAGAAAUUCCGAAUCCUCAGUCGCUGAUCGUAAGCCACUUGAUCCGGAGGAGGAGAAGAAGCGACAAGAGAGAAGGAGACGCGAGCGUCGAGAGCGACGAGAGCGCGAGGGCAAGGAUCCCAAGAGAAAGCCGGACCGAAAAUUAGACAUCAUCGAUAAGCUGGAUGUUACAAGUAUUUAUGGCACUGGAUUAUUCCAUCAUGAUGGACCGUUCGAUGCGUGCAAUCCGCACCGCAAUAGACAAGGCAGCAGACGUGCGCCAAUGCAAGCCUUCCCCAAGGACUCAUUGAAUAAUGUGCUGGGAGGUGGAGGACCAAUCAACAAGAGACCGGAUCAUGCAACCUUCCUUGGCCAAGCCGAUGAGGAAGCCUUCAAGGACUAUUCAAAGGGUGGAGCGGGAAGCAUUGGAUACGAGCCUUAUGAUGCUACGGGUCCAAGACCUGCAGGAUCCCAACCAGUUGUUCAAAGUGCUACCACGCGUGUUGAGCCUAUUCAUGGCGAGGAAACCCUCGGCCUGGGAACUUCCACUUUCUUGGAAGGAGCACCUGCAUCAAGAGCGGCACUUCAACGCCGGGAGAGUGAGCAAACAUCUCCAACGGAGCCAGGAGGGUUGGGUCGCAAGAAGUCUUUGGCUCAGAAAAUCCGUGGAAUCAAUGGCAGACGUGAUUAUGGCCCUUCAGGUCGCAUUACCAGUCCUGAAGGAAUCUACUCCCCAGAGUUGCGCACCCCUGGCGGCACCAAGGUCAACGAAUCAAACCCAUUUUUCAACGAGUUCAGCAAGGGUGACGAUAACAAGAAGGAGAGUAUCACGAUUGUUGAGCCGGAGAAGACAGGAAGAGCCAGAGCACCAAGCAGUCCCCCCAGACGAGGAUUCGGCGAACGCCUCGAGCGACGUGUUACUGGUGACGGAACCGAUAUGCCACCAUCUACUGCUUCAAAGACUGGCGGUGGUUUCCUGUCUCGAGUCAAGAGUUUGAAGGGCGGUCCCCGAAAGCCAAGAGGCGAGAGAUCGACACCUCAAGAUGCUUGAGUCUACUCUUCACAUUCUUACGACCAAACAAAUAUUCCGAACAGAUGCCAUGAGCAAAAAGCGAUAGAGGUCCAUGCUCUCCUUCAAACGAUUUCAUUUCAGACUACACAUUCUGCCUCUAGAUACCUGCCCUGCUCUGUCCGCCUUGGAUAGCACGGUUAGAGACGGGGCUUGGAGCUUAUUAUCAGAAGCUUUCGUGCGUGGAGGGUUUGGUAGGGCAUGUUCUGCAUCAGACAAGACCACUGUUUGGUUUUCACGACCAGUGGCACUUAUUGAGUAAACACAAGCGGAAGGCGUUACUCCCAGGUGUUCCUUUGCAUGCAGACAGAUAAGGAGGCGCAAAGACGGAUAUGGUCUGCUUUUAUUGUUGGCGCUCUCUAACCAUGCCUUGAGGGAGGGAGUCGAAUAAGAAUUUUGAGAGAAGAAGUCAAGAUACCAAGGGAAGGAGGCGGAGGAUGAAGUAUGGAGCCAAGUUUCUUGAGAAGAGCUCAGCUCCUGUGGGAUAUGGAGGCAAAUUGAUUGCAUGAAUGAAAUAACGAUGUGUUCUUCCUCUCACUGACUUUGCCAUUGACUGUUGUAACUUCAUUAUCUUAUAUCAAUUUAUGAGCGGAGUGAAGAAACUGUCCCCGAAACUGUCAAUUGUAGCUCCAUAUCUUGACUAUAUAUGAAAAGUACACAGAGGGUCUAGAACAGAGACCAUGGCAUUCAACCCUGCUUGUCUUUCAUGUCAGCAGCCGAAGGAGCCAGCCAUCUUGCCCAGAGUAAAGCCGCGAACCCAUCCCGAUCCUAUGCAAUCAAUCCCAAGCGAGCAAGCGAAUCUAUCUGGUUUGAUCUACCCUUUAUCCCCCCUUUUUAUCCUCCACUUCUUUCCCUUACCUCUUUGAACUUUUUUUGUUGCACGCCGUAAAAGGCCAGAACCAUCCAGAGGCUCGCUCCCCCUGCUCCGGGGUCCCAAGGUCAUAAUAUCAUGUUACAUCUCAACGGUCUAGAUCCAGACGUUUGGGACGCCCGCAGGCGGACCCCCUUCCCCUUCCUCGGCUCGAACCGCAGAGGUGCUUGGUUUACUGUAGGUACCUGGCGGCUAGAGUCUGUGGCUGUGGCUGUGGCACAGUGGAGGUAAAUUUCGCUUUCAACGGUUUUCUGUUGCAUGUCGGAGGGAUUCUAGAGCCGCCUCUUUUUUGUUGAUGUGGAUUUGGAAACCCUGUUUGAAGAGCGUUGGAGGAGAUGUGUUGCAUGUCGCUGUGUUUGGGCUGGAAGGGUCUGCGAUGCGGGUGGAGGGGUGAGUUGUGGAGGCGAG